GUUACGCGAGCCGGCCCUGGAGACCACGCUUCGCAGCUCAGUCGAGACCGCGGCCGAGCAAGUCGCCUGUCCGUUCACGCUCUGGCCAGCAGAGCUGUGCCCAAGCUAGCAGCACAGAAAUUCAGCGCGCGGCGUCCAGAGAAAGCCGAGCCCUGGAGAAGAAAAGGCACCGCGCAGUGUCUAGACUGCCUGCGGUCGUCCGCGACCCCUAUACACAUCAGUAAGCGCCCACAAGAAGAGCAAGCUCAGAAAGGAAGAGGCAAAAGAGCGCCGCGCGGUGAAAAGCCCUUGCCUCUGCGUCUGGCGAACGUGAGCCCAACGCCUAAUAGUUGUAACAGGUAGCCCUGUGAACACACAUGAGCAAACAAUUUGUGCGGAGCUUUAGGGCGCUUGAGCUUGUAGACAAUUCAGGGCGCCCCGGUCCCCAUCCCGGGUUCCGCCCUGACCAUUUGAGCCCCUGCGCAGCGUAGAGAACCUUAAUUCACAGCAGCAACCAUUCAAAGUUGCAGACUUACAUCCAGCAUUUAACGCACGCGCCUCUGUCCAAACAGAGCUGCACACAGACCCGGAACAGAGCCCGGCUCUUUCCUUUCUCCGUGCUCUCAGCAACAUGGCGUCUCUGAAACCACUUUCUGCUAAAGCACUGGCCUGCGCCAGGCUGCCGUCUGCUGGUGCGCCGCGUACUUCCUCGCGCAUUCUUGCUGCACCUCCUCUCAGGAGUGCCGCCGGCCGCGCACAGGCCACCUCGCGGGUGGUCCAGGCGGCGGAGUCUCCCCGCGUGUCGUUCGCCCGCGCCAAGGUGCACGCCGCGCAGUCCAUCGCCCGCCGCCCCGAGCCCACCGAGGCAGCCACCGAGCCCAAACUGAAGGUGUCGCUCAAGUCCAUCGGCGCCAAGGUCGCCAGCCUCCUCAAGCCCAAGCCCGCCCCCCUGCAGCCGCUUGCCACCUACAUCCUGCCGGACGGCGUCCUCUCUCCCGAGGCCGACCCCUCCUCCUCCUCCGGCCUCGCCCGCCUUAAGGCCCUGGGCCUCCGCCUGCACUCCCGCUUCUCCACCUGGAUGGACCAGGUCGUGUACGAGUGCAAGGAGCUCCGCGCCCUCAUCCGGUACGGCCCCAGCCGCGGCCGCCUGCCCGCGCCGGCGCUGACGCCGCAGCAGGCGGCUCUGGCACGCGCCCAGGAGGAGGAGGUGUUUCGGCUGUCCGACACGCCGCCCGUGCCGCGGACCGUGGCGGCGAUGGCCGGACCCAAGCCGCCCCGCCGCGGCAGCCGCCUCGCAGCGCUGCUGCGCCGGCUGUUGCGCCUGGCCGCGGCCCUGCUGACUCCUCGCAAGGCGGUGGCGCAGCAGCCCUCCACCACCUCCUCUACCUCUGCGGGCGCCUCCUCUGCAGCGGCUGAGUCGGCGGCCGGCGCUGGCGCUGCCGAGGUGCUGGAUACCUCGCCCUCGCUGCCCGUGUCGCUGCACGCCAGCACUGCCGAUGAGAGCGACAUGCCCUUCGCGGCCACGACCGCGCCAGUGGCGGCGGCAGCGCACGAGAUCGCUGACGACGACGACUGGGUGCGGCGCGUGUGGGCCCGCGCCGCCGCCGACGCCGCCGCCGACGCCGGCAGCACCGGCAGCAGCACCGCCGGCAGCAGCAGGCGGCAGUCCUUCGUGUCCGGCUCCAGCUGCGAGCCCGCCGCCGCCGCCGUCGGCAGCAGCCGCAACAACACCAGCAGUGGCGGCCUGUCUAGCCUGUCCGCCUCGGACUCGGCCGGCACCGCCACCUCAGCCUCCGCCGACACGGUCACUGCUGCGGACUAUGCACUCGUGGAGCCCGCCGGCGCUGAUGAGGUUGACGAGGAGGAGGAGGCUGACGGCAGCAGCAGCAACAACGAAGACACGACCCACUACUCGCAACUGGCGCGCUACGCCUCCUCCUCGUCCUCGUCCGCCCCUUCGGAUGAUGACAGCGAGAGCGGUGGUGAGAACGUGGAGGAUGCCGGGAGCCGGCGGCACCAGAAGCAGGGGCGCCGGGCCGCGAUGAGUGGCAAGGCUGGGCACGGCGCCCGCGUGGGCGCAUGGGUGGCGGCUAGCCGGGCGGCGGCGGCGGGCAGUGGCGGCCUGAAGCAGCAGCGGCGCCGGCAGGAGGUGGCGGUGGCAGCAAGCGGCUACCAGCUCGUGAAGAUGGCGCGGCCGGCAACUGCCGCUGUGUACGAUGGCGGCCUCAUGGGCUAGAUGAUGCUGGCUAGCUUGGGUGAUCGAUAAUGAGUGACGGGGUAACUGUAGGCGGCUGGGGCUCAGCCGAUGAGACGGAAUAACAAGUUCUGCCGAGUGAUGAUCAGCUGGUUAUUACUAGCAAGGUGGCAUGGCUACAUCGGUGCGUAGGUGGGAAGUAUGGAGGGCAGGGUGCGGAGAGUCCAAACGUGGGAUACCGCUCGGUUAUUGGUUGCCAACGUAGCUAGGGACAGGGUACGCGGAGAGCCGGCGAGCAUUACGCACAGAGCAGUGAUAUCAGGUAGAGGUAGGCUCAAUCAGUGACCCGCCCAUAUCAUGCUCGUGACCACACAUGCUUCAUAAGGGUGGGGUAGGCAGCUAGGCUGCGACGCUGCGUGCUGGGUUGUGAACGGGAGGGUGAGUAGGGUAGGGUAGAAAGGGAUCUUGUUGUGGCGCGUGCAGGCUUGUGGCGCGGUGGUCACCUAGGUUGGCUGGGCUGGGGCUGUGACUAUUAUGCUGGAAAGGAUACCGUAACUUCAGCGGGCAUGGACUGAUGACAGAAGAACUAAGUCAGCAAUCAGGUGUUGUGGAAUAAGGAAGCCAUGGGUCCGCAUGACGCUUAGGCUCGUAUCCUGCUCGGGUGCGGUAUCGAGUGUUGACAAGCAGGCCCUGGAGCGGCUGAGUUGUAAAUUCAGGUUGAA